AUGUCUGGACCUGCCCCGGCUGCGCUCACGUUUACCGACUUGCCUGCUGAGCUAGUAGGGAGCAUCAUCUUGUUAGCCCAGACUGCCUGGCAUAACGAGCAUUUUUCCGCGCAAGCGCCGUACGCUGAGGUAAAACGCUAUGCUGUAACUCAACCUCCGUCUGCACCGUCUGCGGUACUCCCAUGCUGCAACGGGGUACGUUGGGAUCUCACGCGCCCGAGUUGCAUAAAAGUCUCCGGUCCACCACUUCACCUGCGCUCUCCCGCGCACAGCGUAUCGCAGGUCUCGCAGAGGCUACGCAACAUACUUCUUGAGGAGAACUCCGCUAUCUGGGCAUUGGAUAACACCUUGUACCCGGCAAUUGCGCGGCGCUCUGGUGAACGCCGUACAAUCUCCAAUGGACGGACGACUAUCGAAUACGGAGCUCGCUCUCUCAUAGCGGUGGACGUGUGCACUUGCGUCUUCCGCGGCCUCCGGUCAUUCUACUCUAGCCUCGAGCGGGUCAAGCUCAGGCUGCCCUGGUCUGGCGAUGGAACGCUGGCGUCCGAGCUGCAGCAAUUCGUCCGCGACACCAGGGGAGGUGCAGACAGCAGUCUCCGUCACAUUGACGUUGCGGCUCUCGACGCAGACCCUCUCCACGUUCCGGACGGCUUACGCCGACGUAUGACGGCAAUUGAGCGCUUCGGGCUCCUGACUAGCCUCAAUGACGGCGGCAAUACGUUCCACUACUCAAAGGUGCUGACUUCCCUCCACCUCCAACAAGGCCCUGAUGCCGACGUGGUCUUUGGGACGUCUCUAUCAACCGCUCUUUCAGCCUGUGCUGAAACAAUCGUAUUCUUGACGAUUGACGUUGCCGCGGGCUCCGUCGCGGAAAUUCAGGGCAACCUGACAUUCCCAAGGCUUCGCUACUUCAGGCUUUGCACGCACCCCACUUUCGGCGCCAUCCUUUUACGUUGGAUGGUUCUGCCCUACGCACUCGACUUACAUCUCGAGCCUGUCGACUCCUGGAGAGGGUGUUUUACCGAUAAGCACCCCGGAAUAUUCGAAGUCCCGUUCUGGCCAUCGAAGCAUGCCCCAGUGGGCCUCUUCAACGCCGAGCACAGAUGGCCGAGGGACUUUGCCAGAAGUCUGGCGCAGCCGCACAAGACCUCGACCAUCCAUAGCCCAACAAACGAAUCCUACUCGUUCGACGCUGGCGAUCCCGCUACAGCGCUUUGGCAACGCUCGACGGAGGUGAUGGGCCUGGACGUGCGCAUCAACCCUUCUAUAACGAUCCACGAGCCGGUGGCGGCAAAGUUCCCGGAGCUGGUGAGCCUCACUAUGGCCGAGUCAGUGGAUGAGCUCAGACCGGUCUUGCAAGACCCGGUGGGGCGGAACUGGGAAAGGAGUCGGGAGCUAGAUGGCAAGGUAGCCGCCCGGCGUUCCCUUACAUUCAGAGACGGGCAGUUCUCUGCGCAUGACCGUGCGCGCGACUUCAACAGUCAGUAUCCGAAGGCGUUGUACGACACCCUACGAUAUGCGCUUGCCGUCAUGCGGCCAUCGACGAUGGGCCUGCAAGAGCUUGUGCUUGCCAAGGACAGCUGGUUGCCCGAUCGUUCUCUGGGAUAUCUGCAUAUCCUAGAGCGAUUCACCGCUCUUCGGGCACUACACUUUGAUUCUCCUGCGCUACCUCCGGACGUGAACUUCAAGCAGAACAUGGAGGGAUGCUUUACUGCGGAGCAUCUACAUGCGCUUGCGUUAAGUCUCAAUGUCCCAGGGCGGGGUGGCCGUCAUCUAUGCCCCGUCCUAGAAGACAUUCAUCUGCGAGUUGCAGAGGAGAAGGUGAUGAGUUGGUCGGGGCUAGGAGACUGGGAUAGCGCGCUAAAUUCACCGGCACGUUUGGCCUCUGGAGCGCGCAGGAUUCGCUUAAGGGCUGGGAUGUGA